AUGGCGGCGGCGGCCAUGGCGGCGGCGACCACCAUCCAGCGCGGCUGGCGGCGCUACGUGCGGAUGCGGCUCUUCAGGCUGCUCACACGCGCCCUGCGCGCCGCGGAGCACUGCAUCACGCACGAGAUCCUGCGGAGGGUGAGCCCCAGGGAGGCCGAGCUCCUGAGGGAUCCCAGCAUGGAGUGCAAGGUCCGCUUCAGAUUUGCUGGGCAGGAAUUUCCACCUUUCGUUGUGUUUAAGAUAUUUCGUCACACCCAAGGCAAAAGCAGCAAAUACAUUAGUGGAAAAAGAAUAAUAAGCCCAUCAAAUGAGGCUGCAGCUGAUGCUUGCAAGUUAAUGGGGUAUCGGAAAUAUUAUGAACAAAUACUGCAAGAUGAGCUUCAGUAUCAGAAGCAGAGGAUAACAGAUGAAACAGAUGUUGCUACAAUGAAAGACUACAUGCAUUACAUCAGCAGUCUGGAUGAAACCCCUGCAUACUUUGGUGGCAGGAACAAUUGCUGGAGAAGGCUGUCUCUGCAGAAUUUCCCCAGGACAAUGAUCGUAUAUGACAUUAUGGAUUAUGCUCAGUCCAGAAGACUGUCAGACAGACUUAAAAGGGAGCUGAAGUUUCUGCUGCUGAGGCCACAGAAUAAAGAGCUUUGGCAUGAUCAGCUCAUGGCUAUUGCUAAUAUUAGGUCUUCAUUUCCACCCAGUCCAUCAGUCACCUCCUCGUUCUGCUGUAACCGACCCGCUACGCUGACCGCGCAGUCAAGACGAGGCUCUUCCCAAGCUCGACAGAAGAUCGCAAAGAUGAAGAGGGCCUACUUGUGUGAGAAGGAAAGAGAGGCACAGAAACCGGGUAUUAAAAAGGGGAGCAACUUUGCUGGGCAUCAAGAAAUGACACUGUCACCGGUUGAAAGGCCUGAGGAUCAGUCUCUUCUUAUAGAAGAAGAAUGGGAACAUGAAGCAGCCACACUGUAUGCUUGGUCCCAGGCAUUAUCUCUUGAGGAUGUUGGAUGAUUUUCAUGUGUAGUGUUCUGGAUAAUGUGUCAGGAGAAGAAGUAAAGGAAAAAGAUAUCACUUGCCAAUAGGAAAUAGUUCCAGAUUGCAAUAGAUA